AUGGCAUCUACUCAGGGCCUCAGAAUCGGUUUCGUGCCGGAGCACUUCUCCACGCCCCUCCAUUUCGCAAAGCAGCACUUCGGCCUCAACGCCACCUUGGUUCCUUUCCCUUCUGGGACCGGCCACAUGAUUACUGCCAUCCGUGGCGGAGAGAUUGAUAUCGGUAUUGGUCUGACUGAAGGCUGGAUUGCCGGUCUGGGCAAGGAAGACGCCCCUGGCGACGGGGGAUACCGUCUCGUCGGCACAUACGUCGACACCCCCCUCUGCUGGGCCAUCUCAACCGGUGCCAAGCGCCCCGAGAUCACUUCCGUGGAAUCCCUCAAGGGCGGCAAGAUCGGCGUGUCGCGCAUUGGCUCCGGCAGCCAGAUCAUGGGCUUCGUCCUUGCCGAUCAACACGGCUGGCUGUCGCCUUCUAACCCCCAGCCCUUCUCGGACACCGUCAUCCUCAACAACUUUGAGAACCUGCGCAACGCCGUCAACUCUGGCGACGCUGACUUCUUCAUGUGGGAGCACUUCACGUCUAAGCGCUACUACGACUCUGGCGAGAUCCGCCGCGUCGGUGAGAUCUACACGCCCUGGAGCAGCUGGAAGAUUGUCGCCUCGACGGAGCUUGCAAAGGAGGGCCAGAAGCUGGACCCGCGAGUCAAAGAUUUGUUUGAGAAGCUUGAUAAGGGAGUCAAGCAUUUCAACGAGAACCAGGAUGAGGCGGUCAAGUAUAUCAGCACGCACCUCGACUACUCUGAGGCUGAUGCGAGGGAAUGGCUCAAAACUGUCAAGUUUACCAAUGGUGUUGAGGGCGUCAAGCCCGAGGUUGUGAACAACUGCGUCGAUAUCUUGAGGAAGGCUGGUGUUUUGGUUGAAGGCAAGGGCAGACAGCCGGAUGCUAUGGUUGUCAAGGACUAA